ACGUGCGUGCGCGUUACAUACGUAAAUGCACGUAAUCUACGCGCCUUCCCGUCGAAACACUUAUUAUCGCGUUACUAUCGCGUCCCGUUUGGAGACGCGAUAUGAAAGUAUUCGAAUAUUUCUCCUUUAUCGCGUACGGAUGAAUCACUUUCGGUUCGGUCGCGGCCCAGCCGAAUCCCGAACCACCGUGUUCCCGUCUCUCGGGAUCUCCGUCUCGAGGAACCGUACGAUGGUACGUUAAAGUCGUGAUUAUUGUGGUGUGCCAUGUUAGCCGCGAAGGUCGCAUUCCCGGUGCUCUUCCUCGUGAGUCUCGCGUCAGAGGCGAGGUAUCAUUCCCGUCUCUCGCGCGUACUCCGAUCGAGCGACGAUCGGUCGUCGUCUCGCGCGAGGGACCGCCGAGAGCUCGGCCGAGAGGAACAGGAUUGGUACUUCGAGCAAUGUCGUUUCGUCAACGCGUGGAAGGAGCAUCUCGGCCAUGUAAGCGUGCUGGCCUUCCUGGACCCAGCCUGGCAGUACAGCUUCCGACAGGCGGUCAUGCUGGAGCUGCUGAGCUCGCGUUUGCGGAAGUCCGGUUUCCCGGACAUACGAUUCUUCGUGAUAAGCCCGUCCUCCGAUUUAAAAGACGACAAGAGCGAGGACGAUCUCGAGAUCGAGGCAUGGCGGGAGAUUGGGGCAAAGUAUGAAAUGGAGAAUUUUGUGGAUAAUGAUUUUCUCAAAAAUAACGGAACGGACAUCAUCUUUCUGCAGGACGAUCCGCAAUCUCGUAUAUGGGAGAGGUUCCGAGCGUCAAGGGAACAUGCGGUCAUCAUCGAUCGAUGCGGAAAGAUGACAUAUCACGUUAUAGUGCCGUGGAGUAUCCUGUUCUUUCCUUACGUAAAAGCGGCUAUAUUAUCCACAUACAUGGAUGACCCAUGCGGCGGAUGUAAUCCAGCCGUCUAUCGAGCGUCGAAUCACGAAGACCAUGUCGUGGAAUUAACAAAGAGCACCGAGAAAGAAGUGGAUCCGGCGUACCUCGAGGUCGACACUAAAUUUGAAAUAAUUUAUACCACCGAGAGUCUUCUGGAGAACGUCACACAUUUACAUCAUGAAUCAUCAUCAAAAGAGGAACGCGAGACGAGCACCGCAUCUUCUAUUCUCUUAGAGAAAAUCACAAAUAAUUCCGAUCGUGCAAAUUUCUCAACGGAAUCGCCAACGGAAUACACAACUUAUCAGUAUGAUAGCGACGCAACCGAGUCCAGAUUUGACGAGGAUCAUCUUAACGCGGAAAGUACACCUAGUCGAGAGAAUUCGACGAAUUCAGAGAGCGAUAGUACCGUCUUCACCGGAACUGCUGCGAUCUUUGAAUCGCAGUCGGAUGUGCUUCAUCCGGAGCAAAAGGAAUCUCAUCCACCAACGAACAAUAAUUCGCUCACCACCGCAAAUCAUGAGGACACGACUGCAGAUAGUACUUUAUUGCUUGACGAACCGGCGACCGAAGUAACCGAAAGUGAUUCAACUUUCGCAGACCAAGAAACGAUAACAUCAAAUUUCGCGAACGAGAUUCGAGAUAACACGACACCAGAAGACGCUGAGCAUUUUGGGGAGGACGUGUUUUUACCAUUACGCAUAAUUAUGUAUGCGCCGCAUAUACAUAAAAACGGCAAAAAGACGAAAAAGUACACGCACAUGAUUCUAAAAGUUGGCGAUCCCGAUUUUCAUGAGCACCCCAAUUCAGGAACUGACGUUGCAUCACCGCCGUUGAGAUUAAAAUUCCCCGUGAAUUUUAAGGGUAUCAAUCCUCACAUAACAAGUUCCGAAGAAUACAAUGGGCAAACAACGGAAGCAGAUGAAGAAAAUGUUAAUCAGACGUAUACAUUCGAUGAAGAUGAAAGCCCAGGAUUGUACGGCGAAGUAGCGGACUAUUGGAAGGAUUACGAUGAUAACGACAUCGCUGACCGAAAUGAAACGUUUAAUGAUAUUUACAACUUUACGACUAAUUACAAUGAGGAACAUCGUUCUGAUGUCAGCGAUUACGCGACGAGUCUUUCGAAGUCGGAAGAGAGCUAUUUAAUUACAAAUGUCACAGAAAAUCCCAAUGUUGGAAGUUCCACUGAUCCACAGAAUAUCGAUGAAUCAAGCACGAUUGAAUCUUCCAGACUAAUUAAUGAGAAUGAGCAAGUCGAUAAGGAAGAGGAGAUACGAUACAAAUUAAUUGAACAUUACAAUAAACUUUUAUCUUGGAUCGAUUAUAGAUUAAAUAAAUAA